AUGCUCUCGGCAAUGAUAAAAGAUCAUCAAGCUAAGCAAGCGGCUAAAAAGGAAGAUCAAGAGCGUCGCCGAAAGGAAGCAAUCAUGUCUGCAAAUGAGCUCACGCAAAAUUUGGUAGACCAUCUUAAUGUCGGCGUUGCUCAAGCGUACCUCAAUCAGAAACGGCUAGAUGCGGAAGCCAAACAGCUGCACGUUGGAGCGACAAACUUUGCCAAGCAGACGUCCCAGUGGCUUGCAUUGAUAGAAAACUUCAAUGGUUCUUUGAAGGAAAUAGGAGAUGUGGAGAAUUGGGCCAAAACGAUUGAAAACGACAUGAACGUGAUAACAACUGCACUGGAAAUUGCAUACAAAACAAGCAGAGAAAAAUGA